AUGCUGCACAAUGGCGUUGCCCGCCCUACCGCUUUCAUCUGGGAGCCAGAGCCGGAGGAGCAGUGGGGCGACGAGAGCGAUAGCGAAGAGAGCGACGACGGAGACGAGUACGGCGAAGCCGACCGUGAGAAGGCACGAUCCGCUAACCCAGACGGGUACUGGGGCACCGAUCGCAUACGCCGUGUCCUGCGCGAGCAGACCUUUCAGUACAUGAACACCGCUCUCGGCACCCGCGCCUGGCGGCAUGCCUACCCAGCCAUCCACCGAGAGCUGGCAAGAGAUGGACAAGCACGCGACUGGUUGGAAGUGCUCUACUGGAACAAAGCGCCGGCGAAGAGCAACGCGCAAGCGUUGCAGUCCGGCCACAGCCUUAAAACAGAGGAGGGCAACUACGGCCGCUCCAUGAUGGAGUCUCCCUUUCAGACCAUGGCCGAGCGGGAGGAGUUCCGGCGGGUGAGCAUGGACUGGCAUCGCGUGCUGGAGUUUGCAUCCGCCUGGGAGGACGGCCGCAUGCACCCCGGUGUUCGCGCGGAGAUGGUAGCGCAGCAAGAGAAGCAGGCGCUCCAGCGCUGGUCGUCGCUCGCGAUGGUGGACCUCAAGGCAGAGUUCAGGCGACUCGCUGGACGGCCGGACGCCGAGUAUCGUGGCAAGCAAGAAGAAAGCCUUGAGGCUGUGAUGCAGCGACGGCUGCGCGUGCUAGUUGUUAUGGCUACCGGCACCGGCAAGAGUAUGCUGUUCAUGCUGCCCGCGUCCGUCUCGCCAGGCGGCGUCUCCGUGGUCGUGGCUCCGUUGAAUGCCUUGCGAGACGAUCUGCAAGAUCGCUGCGACCAGCUCGGCAUCCCCUGCGCGAAGUGGGAUGGAAGAAGACCGCCGUACUGGGCUCGUAUUGUGCUGGUGACGCCUAAGAGCGCAGUCACGAAGGCGUUCGGCAGGUUUAUUGACGAAAAGCGCAUGCUCCAUCAGCUAGAUCGUAUCGUGAUAGACGAGUGCCACGUGCUGCUGGAGUCGACACAGGACUGGCGGCCAGACCUCCUCAAGAUGGUGGAGAUGACGGAGAAGGGCACACAGGUUGUCUACCUGACUGCAACCUUGCCGCCCACGCUGCAGCCCGCCUUCUUGCACACCGCAGGGCUCGAUGCCCAGACCGUAACCAUAUGCCGCGAUGAACGCACCACGCGAACGAACAUUGCGUACCAGGUGCUAGAGUACACACGUGGCACGCUAGAAAAAGUACUUAUUGAGCUUGUGGCUGCGAAGAGGAGUAGGUACGGACCUAAGGCGCAGAUCAUCGUCUAUUGUCCAACUGUGGACGAGACGAAACGGCUUGCGAAGCUUCUGCAGUGCUCUGCAUACUACCGUCAGAUGGGCUCAGACGAGGAAAAGGCACGCAUGGUGCGAAGCUUCACCCUGGGCAUAGAGAAGCUUUGUACAGCCACGAACAUGCUAGGUCUUAGGCUCGACGCUGCAGGCGUCUGGGUGGUGAUCCACGUUGCCAUGUGUCCCCUGCUGCUCCAAUAUGUGCAAGAGAGCGGCCGGGCGGGACGAACGGGGCUCGACAGCGAGUCUAUUGUUAUGAGAGCGUGCUAUGUAACAAAAGAGGGGAGGGUAGAGAAGGCGCUCGGCUACAAGCUGGAGCGACCUGCAAAGGAGUUUAUGACAGUCGAAUCCUGUCGGCGAAUCGCGAUAGACAAGCACAUGGACGGCAGACAGAACAGGCAGCAAUGCGAGAUGGGAGAGUCGAAGUGUGAUCUAUGCGAGCGACACCCCGGUGGUACCAAGCGACAAGCCGUCGAAGAAGAGCAGGAAGAGCCAGAGGAGACGCAGGCCGACACUGCGGCAGUGGCAGCAGAGGAGCAGCGCAGAUGUAUAGAGCGAGCUAUAGUCGUUAAAGAGCAGAGGGUUAAGAUCCGGCAACGGCGAAGGACGGAACAAAAAGUAUAUGACCUGGAGCGGCUAGAGCAGCACUUCCAGCGCUGGAGCAAUGCGUGCGCCAUCUGCAUGGCCACUCAGGCUGACCCGGCGCGCCACGACUGGAAGGACUGUUCAAAGGCCAGCGGAGCGCAGAUGACAUUAAUGGAGUCUAAGGUGAAAUCUAUGCACCAAGUGAAGUGGGAGAAGUAUGCGCGGUGUUUUUACUGCUGGGCGCCCCAAGCCAUCUGCAACAAGUGGGAGGAAACAAGCAUACAGGGUGCGUUUAAGACACAAGGGAUGCAUGUGCCUUGCCAGUACGAUGGAGUGCUCCAGAGAGCAGUAGCUGCGCUGCUUGCCUGCCAGCCACUGAUGUGCACGCCAUGGCUGGAGCAGCAGAUGCAAGACGCCGCGAUUGUGCACGGUAGCGAUGAGCUCCGGCUUUACAAGUGGCUCGGAUUAAAGAUCAAGAUGGGCCAGAGAGACGCGAGCCAGAUGUGUCGUUUCCUAUAUGCUUGGGAGGAGGGGCAUGUGCAGUCGUAUUUAGCAGACUAG